AAAAUCUGGAAUUUGAGGUUCGAAAAAAAAAUACAAAUAUCGAGAAAAAAGCUUUUAAAGCUGUCCAAAUAAAGUCAUUAGCAAUGCAUAUUACUAAUCAAAACUGAAAAUUUUAUGUGUUUACGUUAAGACAUGUUCAAGAUGUCUUAAUGGAGCAUGAUUUUAACUUGAUAUCCUAAUUAUUUUUGGCUUAAAAAAAGAUAAGUUUGACCCAUACAAUGUAUUUUUAGCUACUGUGAUAAAUAUAUCCGUGCAACUUAAGACUUUGUUUUAAUGAUUAAUAUGAACAGCGUUAAAUAUUGUAUUUGACAAAUAUAUGUCACUUUUAAAGCAACGCAUCCUGUUUUUUUUUAAGACUUAAAAAAAAAUAUAUUUUUUCAGAAUUAUCUAUGUAUUUUGCAAUCUCAGUCAUCAUGAGCACAUGGUGAGUAACAGUUUAAUCGGGAAAUAGGAUUCAAGUGAACCGUGUAAUCGGAAUGAUCAGCAGUCUAACGUUUGUCUCGCGAGGCAGAAGUUCAAGUAUAAUGCUACUUUUUCUGUGUGUGCUGUAUCUCGUCCUGUACCACCAGGCAUCUGGGAUGAACGUUCAGCAUCGUCAAAAGCGAAAUAUCGGCCAAAAGUCUGUUCCAGCAUGGAUGUUAUACGAACGCAGCCUUUGCGAGCCCCGUGAAACGCUUGUUAAAGUUGAGGAUGAAUUCCCCGAGGUGAUGAACAUGCGUAUUUUCCCCUCCUGUGUGCCCCUGAAGCGCUGUGGAGGCUGCUGCUCUGAUGAAGCAACGCUGUGUGUGAAUGUGAGCUCGUACACCACUGUGAUGCAGUUUAUGCAGUUGAAUGUGCAAGGGGAGACUAUUGAUCUGCAGUUUGUUGAACACAGCCAGUGUGAAUGCAGGUUCAGAGACCAGCUAUGAUGCUUACUGGAAACAGCUCAUCCAUGCCACAUAAAUUGUGAUCUGCUUAUUUAACCAGUUAUCUUAUAUUUUAUGGAGUUAUUUAAAUGAAUUCGUA